AUGUCCCCACUGCGCACUCUCUGUCUGACGAAUUUCAGCGUCGACUCGAAGCGCGUGACUGAAUGGGCCCAGUGUCAUCACAUAAGACAUCUGGGUCUCGAUGGCGGGGCGGAAUCGCUCCAGCUUCUCACGCUCUUCACGGGAAAGAUGCCCGAUAUGACAUCGCUAACACUGCGAAUUCACCAUGGAACAUCCCCGGAUAUUACAGAUGACCUAUAUACCCGGCUAGACAAAUUUCUGCAGCACGUCAAUGAUUUGCCGGUGGCGGCCUUUACUGCAUACGAAUUGUCCAAGAGUAUCCUCCUUUUUUUGGUGUCUCGCCGUGGCCCGCACCUCCGACGUCUGCGAUUCUGGCAGACCAAUUUCAACAUGAGGGACCAGGACCAGGAACAGAUUAGAUGUCUCUUCAACUUCGAAGAACUCCAGAACCUCGCUGGUGUGCUUCCCCGGCUGCAAAGGCUCGGCAUCGACUUGCGAUUCAAGGGUCACUUGCCCUACGUCAUACUCAGUGGAGUGGCUUGCUUUCCCAGCCUCGAGCACCUAGAGCUCAACGCGAGCUUUUCCCACGGCGAAUGCGGAAUAAACGGCCGGGAACCCCUCGUAAAUUCAUGGCUCAAUGCAGCUGUCGCGGAAGAAGCGUUCCGCUACGUGGCAGGGGAAAAGCGAUCGUACGGACGGAUCGCCAGGAUCGCCGGUUCGACGACGGUUCCAUGGUCGCCUUUUGAGGGGCUCGAUAUCAAAGUAGGCGAGUGGGAGCCGUGCGUCGAAGGAUACAGAAAGUCGAUCUCGCUAACCAAUCCUAUAUUCUUGUAUGCUUGUCGGUGGCUCGCCUGUCGGCCUGGCAAGGUCGAUAUCGUUCGAUUGAAAUGCCUUGCUCAGCAGUGGCCCAUUGAAGAUGAUUUGUAUGAGCAGGCGCUGGCUCGUGCGGGCUUAUGGGAUGUACCGAAACUACUUUCGGGCCCAGGGACUCUGUAG